CAUCAUCUCCUCCCUUUAUCCUGCCUGAUCUUCCUCUUUCUUGGUUCACCUUCUUAAGGGCUAAAAGCCGGAUGAAAUGUCUCUCUCUUUUGCCUCUUUAAACUAACGGUUCUCUUUCUUUCUCUCCUUCCAAACUAGGAAGAUAAUGAUGUAGGACUUACCUUUUUAUCAUCAUUUUAAGACCAAGUUCAAGUUUAAACCACCUCUUGAUUCCCCUCUCACCCUCUCUCUUAAAUCAGUCAACAAACUGUUUACCUGAACCAUUAACCGAAAAUAUCUUUCUCCUUCAUCUUUGGUGAUUCACUUUGUUUCAUCUUUUCUUCAUCGUCCUCACCAUUUCUAAUCUUAGUUGGUUCCAAUAAAGGUUAUCCUCUAGUUUGGGUGAUUAACACUAGUGAAGUUAAACAAUUUUGUUUUCAAUUGUGAUUUAAUCCAACAAUGAAUUUUCACAUAACCAAGAUAUUUGUUUUACUCAUCUUUCUGGUACCAUUGAUAUCAGCCCAAUAUGAAGAUGAUGGCUACUACCCAACAUCCAAAUGGUACAUGCGAGCUCCUAAAUCGAUAAGUGGACUUUUCCGUCGACUAUUGGGUCGUCGUAAGAAUACAAUUAGAACGGGUUUCCAAGGAACAGCAAUUGCUAAUGGACCUUAUUCAAGUCAACCUUCUUCAUAUUAUUCAUCCUUUUUCUCGAACCCAUUCUCAUCUGGAUCACCCAAUUCUGGUGGAUCAAACUAUCCUGGUCCACAAAACCAAGGAUCUUCUGGAUUAUCUGGUUUCUCAUCAAACCUUUGGUCACCUUCCUUGAGCAGUUACACCAAUGUUGUCGGUGGAAUGGGUUCAGUUCCCUCUGCCGGUACAAAUUAUCCAACCUAUUCACCACCCGCUUCUGGCCCUGGAUCUGGUAAUCCAGCCAACCUUGAUUUCCACGCUGUCCUCGAUCAAUUUGUCCGAUCAGCUGGCCUUUCACCAACCGGUGAUCAAGAUACUUCAGCAUCAACCAUCCAAUCUAAAGGAGACUCACCAGUUUUCAGUUUCAAGAAGCUCUACUCGUUCCCAUUCUAUCUCUCAACUGAUCAACAACAACCUACUGAUCAAGGAUUUAAUUUACAAAUUCCUUACAUGAGGAAACACAUUAGACGAGCUCUUCAUGAAAGUCCAUUCAAGAAUCCUAAAUUCUUUGUCGACAAACAAUCAAUUCAAAAUUGGUUGCACCCAAAAAAUUGGUAUCACGGUCAACAAGCUCUUCAACAAUCGGCUUCAUCAAUAAUUCCAACAACAACCAACGUUCAAUGGCCUAAUGGACAAGAGAAUAACCCAGUCCUUGGUGGUGGUCACCAGCGAGUCUAUCGAGGUAAACCAAUCGACCAUAACCCAAGAUUAGUUGGUCACCAUCAACAAGGUAUUCCCAUGCAAGCAUCAGCAGCACCUCCAACAAUCAGAUCACCCGUUGUCCCCAACUCAGGUGUUGUCCCAUCAAUGGCAACCUCAGGCUCACUUAAACCAGGUCACCAUCAAGCCCAACAAGGCCAACCUAAAGCUCAAAUUCAUCCCCAGUCACCCAUUUCUCAAUCUUCAUCCGUUUCAUCAUCAUCGUCGUCUUCCUCUUCAUCAACUAUUGUAUCAUCAGCGCCAUCAGUUUCUUCAUCAUCGGUAGCUCCAGUCAAUGAUCAAGCCCAAUCACAACAACAACAACAGCAACAGCAGCAGCAACAACAGCAACAACAACAGGGAUCAGCUUCAUCUGGUCAAUUAGCUGACACAAAUAUUCUUAGUUCCCAAGCUUUUAUUACUCAAUAUUUACAAGACCAUUUUGCUGCAGCUAAUCAAAAACAGUUAAAUGGUUUAAACAUUAAAGAUGACCAAGAAGCAAAUGAAUCUCAAUAUGCACCAUCCUAUUAUUAUGGCUCAGUUGCCAACAAAGGUCAACAACAACCUUCACAACAAGGGAAACAGCAUCAGUCGCAAUUAGUCUCUGGUCAAGAAAAAGGUCAAUCAGCCUCAGGCAUACCAUCAUCAUCUUCUUCAUCGUCCUCUUCAACAUCACUUGUCUCUGGUGAUCAAUCCUCGCCCAUUAGUUCGUACCAGGUAUCUUAUUCAUCUGGAGGUUAUGGGACUUCCUCUUAAAAUAGGAAGAUGAAGCGAUAUUUAAACAAUUUUAAUGAGAGACUGGAUAAAGAAAACGUUGAAAAGUAAUAUUAUGGGAACUGUCCAACGCUAUUUUUAUCAUACCUCAUCAAAAUAAUGAUAACUAUGUUAACAUUCAUCAAUUUCAUCUUCAAUUUAAUAUAUCAAAGAUUACCUUCCACUAACCAUUUUUUUAAACAACAAACAACAAAUUCCUCAUCACCUCAUCAUCAACAACAUAUUCAUCAAUCUUCUCAUUUUCAUCUCAAAUAUCAUCGACAUCAAUCUACUCUCUCGCUCUCUCUCUCUCAUCCUGAGCAAGUCAAUGAAACCAAUCUUCCUGUUAUUUACCUUAAAACUUGCUUUCAUCUCAAUCGCCACAUUAAUUGCUGGCCAAAAUUAUUUUUUUCAUUACCAAUCUAUUGACCUACAAUGAAUGGGAAAAGCAAUUGGAGCUGCAAGAAUGAGCAUGGAUACAGACCAGUUUCAGUUUACUUUGAAUCUAUCCUUUGGAGAGUGUUUAUUGACCUUUAUAACUACUAAAAAGCCCACCUAUUAAUGCUAAUUAAACCAAUUUAAUAUGAUCAACGGAGAUUAAGGAGCCACGCAACCGAUUCGCAUUUCUUUAUAUAUUUAUAUUUUGAUACUUUCCUUGGCUCAUCUUAAUUUUUUGUUUCGAUCCUGUCUUCCGUCCAUUAUAAUUUUAAUUUUAUACUAAGCUGACCAAUUAAUUCUUAAUUAUGUCCUGUUUUUUCAAUAAUUUAAGACAACGAAAUCAACUGUUAUGAAGUUUUGUAACAAAAGGGUUUUCUGUAAUUCUCAUUUAGUGUUACCGCCAUGUAUUACCUAAAAAGAUUUGAUAAUUGCCAAGCCAUUUUUGUCUUGAUCAGACAGAAUAGUGAUUCCUAUUGUUGGUAUUGCUGUUGAACAGCUAAACAAUAAUGUUGAUAAUACACGAAUUUUUGGAUACAAAAAUAUUGGACGAUUAUCUUCCAGGAAUCUGCAAAUCUUAAAAUUCAAACGGAUUGGCUUAUUUAUCAUAAUAUUAUAUUUAUGCAUUCUUUUAAUUUUGUUUGAAAACAAAAUUAAUUGGAGAGGCAAGACUAAAUGAUAACACUGCAGAUUGUUAAAAUUUAAUUUCAUGGCUAUUUUAUAAAUCAAAUAAUGUUAUUUGUUCAAUCAAUUUACAUUCUAAUUGCUGCAUUGUUCUGUUUGAAUCAUUUGUAUUCAAAAUUAAGUAAAAUGAAAAAACAGACAAUGUGGAUACACUGUAGCGACUUUUUCUCGCCUAUUUAUCAAAUAAAAUAUUUCUUUUAAAUUA